ACCACCAUUUUUUUUUAUUUGUUUCUGUUUGUUUGUUAUGUGUUGACGGCUGACCAUCAGUACUCAGUGUCAAGUUUUUGUAUUAAUUUAUGAGGGUUAUGGUACCAUUUGACCAACUUUAGUGAAGACAACUAAUAUAAAGACAACAAAGUGAAGAUACCAUGCUACAAGACACUGUGUUAAUUCGACACUUACCCUCAUCCCUAACACAUCAAGAGAAGACAGACCUGUUGCAACAUUUUGGUGCUAAGGAUGUCAAAAUCAUUGGUGCAGAAACAAAAAAGACAAAUCUGGUUUAUGCCAGAUUUGAAAACAGCAAGGCAGCUGAAGUUGCUGUUCAGAAAUUGCACCAGUUGGAUGUUCUUGGCCAAAAGAUAUCAGCUGAAAUAGCAAGAGGGCCCAAUACAAAUCCGGAUGAUCCUAUUCAAAUUAGCACAUUCAAUGUUUACGAUGACAAACAAGAUCUAAUUUUGAAAGCAAGAGAAGCUUUUUUAAAGAAAUUAGGCCUUUCAAUAAAAAAUUAUGACUUUAGUCAACCACCUCCGUUAAACAUCUAUUAUCAGUAUCCACCCCCGACAAGAAUAGUUUUGGAAAACAUAUGUAAAGCGAUGGCCAACAUACCGAAACUGUACAAUCAAGUCCUACAUUUAAUGAACAAAAUGAAUCUGCCUUGCCCAUUUACCAAUAAUUAUCCUCUAGAAUGUGAUCUGUUUAAAGAAGAAAAACCAGUUGAACCUGUAGCUUACGAGAAGGUAAAAACAUUUGAAGAGGAGAAAACUCAAGAAGAUAUGAGUACAUCAGAAGAUGAGUCAGAGAUGGGGAGUGAUUUUGAAUGUCAGACUGGAGAGAUAAUACCAUUGAAAAGAAAAAGAGGCCACAGAAAAGUUAUAAAAAGGCCAAAAUUUUUGAAACCCCAGAUUCCAACAGUUCAAAGUGUCAAGGUUCCUACUUUGAAAACGGAUGAUGUUUUUGAAAGCGCUCAGAAAGAACAAGUUCCUAAAAAAAUAGAGAUGAGAAUUACGUCAGAUUUAAGUUCCAUUCAAGAAGCUCAGGAAAUUCAAGCUGCUGGUGGUGCAAAGGAAGGUUUUGAAGUUAUAAAAGCGCCACAAAAGACACAAGAAAAUCCAGUAGAACCAGACACCAAUGAGGAUAGCAAUUUAGAAGAUUCAAGUUCAACAUUUAUUUCAGCUGAACAGCUUGCUGCCAACAGGAUCUCAUUGAGAGACCAACGAGUACUGCCUGUUUUCAAAAAUUAUCAGCCUGGUGCUCCUUCAUGUAGACUUUACGUCAAGAACUUGGCCAAGCAGGUCCUAACCAGGGACCUUCAUUUCAUCUACCGAAGGUACUACAGACCAGAAUUGGACCAGGUGCAAGGUUCAAUGUUUGACAUCAGGCUGAUGCAAGAAGGCAGGAUGAAAGGACAAGCAUUCAUCACAUUACAGAGCGUGGAGCAAGCCCAAGCUGCCCUCAAAGAUACGAAUGGAUACAUUCUUAAAGAUAAACCAAUGGUUGUACAGUUUGCCAGAUCUGCUGUAGCGAAAUAAAUGUUUGUAUUUUAUUUUAA